CUCCGCCCCCUCGCCUCGCCGAGUCCGGCCUGAGGCGCUCGCGCACCGAGAGCGGGCUGCUGGCUCUGGACAUGGCGGCGUCGGCGGCCACUGCGGCGACCAAGGGGAAUGGGGGAGGCGGUCGGGCCGGGGCCGGCGAAGCCAGCGGCCCUCGAAAGAAGAAAGGCCCAGGGCCUCUGGCCACGGCGUACCUGGUCAUCUACAAUGUGGUGAUGACCGCGGGGUGGCUGGUUAUAGCGGUCGGGCUGGUCCGGGCAUACCUGGCUAAGGGCAGCUAUCACAGCCUUUAUUAUUCCAUUGAAAAGCCUUUGAAAUUCUUCCAAACUGGAGCCUUACUAGAGAUUUUACAUUGUGCUAUAGGGAUUGUUCCGUCUUCUGUUGUCCUGACUUCUUUCCAGGUGAUGUCAAGAGUUUUUCUCAUCUGGGCAGUAACACACAGUGUGAAAGAGGUGCAGAGUGAAGACAGCGUCCUCCUGUUUGUUAUUGCCUGGACCAUCACAGAAAUUAUCCGCUACUCCUUUUACACAUUCAGUCUCUUAAACCAUCUGCCUUACCUCAUCAAGUGGGCCAGAUACACACUGUUCAUCGUGCUGUACCCGAUGGGUGUGUCAGGAGAGCUGCUCACCAUCUACGCGGCCCUGCCCUUUGUCAGGCAAGCCGGCCUCUAUUCCAUCAGUCUUCCUAACAAAUACAACUUCUCCUUUGACUACUAUGCGUUCCUGAUUCUGAUCAUGAUCUCCUACAUUCCACUUUUCCCCCAGUUAUACUUCCACAUGAUACACCAGAGAAGAAAGGUCCUUUCUCAUACUGAAGAACACAAGAAGUUUGAAUAGUUCCUGCUUUCUGCAACUCCCUUCCCACUGCUCCCCGCCCCUAAAAAAAACCAACUUUUCAAUGAUAAAAAAAAAAUGCUGCAGACUUUUUGAAUUCCCAAUACGUUUCAUAGAAAAUAAGUAAGUACUAUUUUUAAAAUAUCAGCAACAAAAGUCCAAUGUCACUCGGGACUGAGAUUUUAUAAUAAAAAAAAAGAAGAAGAUUUUACAAAGUCUAUUACAUCAAACAUUCUGGCCAGUGCAUCUGCGCAUGCUCCUUCCCCACAGAGAGUCCCACUCUCUGGGGUGGCCUGAGAAAGUGAUGUGGCAUCCCCUAGCCUCCUGUGUGUUCUCCAUAGAUCUCAGAAAUAAAGGCCUGAAGCCUAAGUGCUUGGGAGUUCGAGUCUGAGUCCCGAUGUCACCCCCCAGCUUGCAGCAGGGCCCACGUUUCCAUCUGCAGCGUGUUCCGCAUCCCCUUUGCAAAGUGCUUUGACUGCAUGCUGGAAACUACUUGUAUCUUUGAAGUGGCAAACUUUGUUCUCCGGAAUGUUCUGAAAUUAUGGCUGGGACCCUUCUCCCCAUCCCGACUCACACCCUCAUCAUGUGAAUGAAUUAUAAAAUGUAUAUGCCUGCGAAGCUUCAGGGUAGUGCUCAUAAUCAGAAACCAAUCUGAA